AUGAAGUCUCUUUAUUUCUUCAAGUUUUUUGCCACUAUUCUGCAGCGUGCUGAUGCGCGUACGUUUACGGUCACGAACAGAUGCUCGUACACAAUAUGCUGGCAGAUCUUCACGGGGCCUUCCGCGAACAAGUCCACGCCUGAUUAUUCCACAGGUUGGGAAGCACAACCAGACGCCUCUGUGUCUUUCACCGUUCCAAACGACUGGACCGCUGGCCGAAUAUGGGGGAGGACAGACUGCAAUUUCAACAACGACAGCGCGAGCGGUCAGACCUGCCUUACAGCCUGGUGCAUUGGCGGGCUGAAGUGCAACCCCACAACUGGUACGGGUGUGCCUCCAGCGACGGUAGCAGAAUGGACCUUGAAUGGGGAUGAUAGUCAGGAUUAUUAUGACGUCUCCCUUGUUGAUGGUUUCAACCUACCGAUGCAAAUUACCAACAAUGUCGGCUGCUCAGUCGCAGGUUGCACAGCAGAUCUGAAUUCCGUCUGUCCGAGCGUUCUCAAGGGACCUACAAACUCAUCAGGUGACACUUUGGGAUGCCAGAGUGCAUGCGAUGCUAACCUCAGCGGUGACACGACCGACUCACCUAACUGCUGCAGUGGAAGCUACAGUACGGCGGCUACUUGCCCGCCGUCAGGCGUCGAAUACUACAGCUUCUUCAAGGGGAAUUGCCCUGAUGCAUACGCAUAUGCGUACGACGAAUCCAGUGGAACAGCUCUGUGGAAGUGUGAUUCUUCGCUGAGUGCCGACUAUACCUUGACCUUCUGUCCGUGA